AUUAACAAACUAUAUAGUUCUUUUACAUCACGGCCACACCUCUAUAAAUACGAAGAUUCUACGUCAAAGAAAAAUAGUCUACGGUGCAACUUCGUGACACAAACAUUUUCAAAAAAUUCAAAAUGAAGACUUUAAUGAUUAUCGUGACUGUACUAUCUGUUAUAACGAUUGUUUACGGUAUAAAUCAAGCGAGGUUCGAAAAGUUUUACGCAAAUUUCGGCAAGUGCCUCGAGGAGAAGAGCGGAACGGCUGAAAAACCCAGUCCAGAAGCGAUUGUGUGCGUAAUGGAUAAAGAUGGAGACAUCUUAAACGCAAAUGGCGAAUAUACAAGGGAAAAAGCGAUGAAAGGAAUUGAGGAUGCAAUCUCCGAUCCGAGCACUAUACAAAAGGCAAAAGCGAUGUAUAACAAGUGUCACGAUGAAGCGGAACAAAGCGGAGUUACUGGCUAUGAACAAACGAUAAAAAUUGCCGGCUGCUCUUCUCCAGUUUUAGCUUUCUUCGACAAAAUAUAGUAAAAGCUAAUUGCAGAUAUUCCUUUAUUUGGUAUACGAAACUCAUUCUUUAAGUUUAUUCACAAUUUUCCCUAUAACUUUGAUUAUUAUAACCAAUACAUAUAGCGCGUUUAUCUUUUUUCCUAGAAUUAUGUAUUUGUGCUAGCAAUUUAAUAAAAUGAUAUUUACUUAUACAAA